AUGGGGACCACACAAGAGGCCUGCUCUCUGCUCUGUACCUUAAUUACUGUUCAUUCCAGUGUCUCCUACCUACGAUCCAGUUCCCUGAAGACACUGCCGAGUAUGUCUCACGAUCACCUCUUCUCCCCUGGGACUCUUAGGGCCGGGGAGAAUGCUGAAGCAGGGCCAGCAGCACCCCUGAGACUCGGGGAGCUGGAGCUGAAGGAGGAGUGGCAGGAUGAGGGAUUCCCCAGACUUCUUCCUGAAGAAGUUGACCGUUCUGAAGAUCCUGAGGAUCCCAAGAGAGAUUCACAGGCAGGUACACCCAGCACUUUAGCCCUAUGUAGCCCACGCCCCAUGCGUAAGCGUCUCUCUGCCCCAGAGUUGCAGCUGAAUCUGACUAAGGAGACCGGAGGCCGUGGAGCUUCUCCCACUCAUUCCGAACCUUCCUCUCCUGAUGGCAGUUCUGACCUGGAGGUAGACGAACUGGAGACACCUUCAGACUCGGAGCAGCUGGACAGUGGACAUGAAUUUGAAUGGGAAGAUGAGCUGCCCCGUGCAGAGGGUCUGGGGGCCAGUGAAGCAGCAGAAAGGCUGGGCCGGGGUUGUGUGUGGGAUGUAGCUGGAGAAGACGGUCGUCACUGGAGAGUGUUCCGAACAGGACAGCGGGAACAGCGAGUGGACAUGACAGUCAUUGAGCCCUAUAAGAAAGUCCUCUCUCAUGGAGGUUACCAUGGUGAUGGCCUCAAUGCUGUCAUUGUCUUUGCCUCCUGUUACCUACCCAGUAGCAGCAUCCCCAACUAUACCUAUGUCAUGGAGCACUUGUUCAGGUAUAUGGUGGGAACUCUGGAGCUGCUGGUAGCUGAAAAUUACCUGCUUGUCCACUUGAGCGGAGGCACGACUAGAGCCCAGGUCCCACCUCUGGGCUGGAUACGCCAGUGUUACCAUGCUCUGGACCGGCGCCUCCGGAAAAACCUGCGUGGCCUGGUCGUUGUCCACACCACAUGGUAUGUGAAGGCAUUCUUGGCACUGCUGCGACCCUUCAUCAGUUCCAAGUUCACACGAAAGAUCCGUUUUCUGAACAGCCUGCAAGAGCUGGCCCAACUCAUCUCCUUGGAUCAGGUUCACAUCCCUGAAGCUGUCAGACAGCUGGACAGGGAUCUCCAUGGCUCAGGAGGCACCUAGUAUAAGACAGGACUCAAGGACCUUAGAACCAAGCAAAGAUACUGAUCUGCCUAUGCCCUAACCCUGAAAUAUCUGGGCUGCUUCCUAAACCACCUCAUCUUCAACCCUAGUGCCACUGGACCUUCACA